GAAACUACAAGCUACGCAGCGUGAUGAACAUUGCAAUGUGGUCGGUAUUAAGAGUAGAACCAAUGUCCGUGCUGCGCAGUUUUCGAGACCGCACCACGAAAAAUCUUCACCCUUUAUCUCGAGAAAAAUUAAAUUUGUUCGCUCUGGAAGAAUCCGAAAGAAAAUCAACUGGAGAGACAUUAAUAUAGGGAGGAAUGCUUGGCAGCUGCUCAUAUCGGUACAAAUAUGGAAGUCUUUUGCAUAUGUCUUUUCUGUGCUUCAAUAUCACUUGACUCGGCUUUUUUCACGAAAUCUACUGCCGCAGAGUUGCCGUAUUCACAUCUUCAAUUAUGAAUGACUAGCAAUAUUGUGGCCUCGUAGAAGAACACCAAACGCGAGAAUUCACUCUCCGAACCUUCGGAAGAAAGUUGCACUUUUACCACUGCGCACCAACCAAAUUUUGAUUUCAUCUGGAUCUAUUCCGGUCACACGUCAUGCUCAUAGUUGAUUUGCAGAGAGGGCUGUGGGCAUGUGCGUGCCACCGGCCUUUUUUAGGUUAAGUGUUUUCAUCUCUUGCCUCUGACGAUGAUCGCAGCACGAGCAUCCCGGCUCGCGGGGGCACGCUUGUCAAGACAUGCGGCGCCACUUGCAACUACUGCGAAGAACAGUAGACUUACCGCACGAACAAGGGACUCCGGUAGCGCCCCGCUUGCUUUUGCACUUAAUAAACGGCCACUAUUCAUCGACUCUGGUGAUGCAUUUCGGACGAGAGCUUUCGCGACGAGCACAAGGACGACCGGAGAGCGCACGGGUGCAUCUUCAAGUUCGCCGCAAACUACCCUAGAACUACCUGCAACCGGGUUUCUGUCGGCCGCACUCGUAGCAGGCUUGGUGCUGGGCACUUCCGUUACCGCGACCUCCUCCAGUCUGUGUUUGUGCGAAGAAGGAGCGGGCGGUGCCACAGGAGGCGGGGCAGCAAGCUCCGGAGCUGCAAGCAGCCAGCAAGAUACCAGCUCCUGGUUCCCCCGGUGGAAAUCAGGCACGAAAAUUCCGGCCCGCCCGGAGCCAGGAGCUACGUGGGAUGCCAGCGUGCAGCACCAGCCGGAGCUGGCCCGAAGUUUCUACAAUCAAAAACCCCAGAAAAAGGACGAAAGCCGAGACAGUAGCGACUUCAUGUUACUGUCCGGAAAUGCAAACCCGCGCCUCGCAAGAAAGAUUGCAAAACACCUGGGCGUAGGUAUAUUCUGCAAUUUAUCUGGAGGUCCCCGGUCGAAGACAGAGAAGACUUCAGCUUUGUGAUCGGUAAAUGAUAAUAAAUCCGAACUACUGGAUGCAAUGAUUCGAACCACGAUUCGUAUUGGUAACAAGCACUACUUACUUAGUUGCCAAUAAACUUCUGGGAAGUAGUUGUACUCGAGAACUCCUGAUGAAAAAAAAACCACAGAACUUGCCCCGGCCCUGGUUACGCGGUUUAAGGAUGGCGAGACGCGGAUCCAGAUCCAGCAGUCCUGCCGGGGGAAGGAUAUUUUCAUCAUUCAGCCGACGUGUCCCCCGGUGAACGAAAAUUUGGUGGAACUGCUUUUCAUGAUCAGCACGGCGCGCAGAGCCUCGGCGAAACGCAUCACCGCGGUGAUCCCCUACUACGGGUACGCGCGAGCGGACCGCAAGAAUUCGAGUCGUGUCCCCAUUGCCGCCGCCGACGUCGCCAAUAUGAUUAUCGCUAUGGGCGCGGACCGCGUGCUGUCCGUCGACCUGCACAACGGGGCGAUCCAAGGGUUCUUCCCCCCCCACUGCCCCUUCGACAACUUGUCGGCGAUGAGCAUCGGCGUCGAAUACUUCGCUCGGGAACAAAAACUUGGCCCCCGCGUCUGCGUGAUCAGCCCUGAUGCGGGAGGCGUGUAAUAAUAUCUGGGUCAAUUUGUUCAUUUGAAGAUUCCUUUUUUCAACAUCGCACUAGGAUGCUAGCAUGGAUGGGAGUUUAAGUCGUCGUUGUCGCUGGUGACGCUGACUUCUUUUCUGGAUUUCGGUCUUCUCCGAUUUUUGCUUCAUCUUCCUUCCAGGCGAGUAGUAUACAAACCCGCUUCCUCGUCCACGAUCACAUUUCAAAACUGGUUGUGCGUCUUUGUCCUCUGCAUUUUCCAGCAAAAGCGUUUCGACAUUUAAUAUCGAUUUGACGUCGUUCCUCCACAUCACUCGUUAAAACAGCGAUCGCGCACGGCAGUUCCAGUCGAAGCUGAUGAAGUAUGGCGUGGAAGACUGCAAGUUGGCCAUGAUAUCGAAGCAGAGGAUACGGCCAGGGGAGGUUGCUUCCAUGGAUUUGGUCGGUGAUGUGCGGGACCGGGACGUUAUCAUCGUCGACGACUUGGUGGACACCGCCGGCACGCUCUGCGAGGCCGCCGCGAACCUGAAAAAGCACGGCGCCCGCCGCAUUUACGCGUUUGUCACUCACGGCGUGUUGUCAGAAAACGCGCUGGAAAAGAUCAAGAACAGUGUGCUGGAGGAGCUGGUGGUAACGGACACCAUCAACGGCGACGACGGGCGACACAAGGUCAAGAACAUCAAGAUCGCAAGCAUUGCCGUUCUCGUGGCGGAUGGCUUGCGCAGGAUCUACCAAAACGAAUCGCUCUCGUGGGACGUCGUCGGGAAAUAAGGUUUCCGAUGAAUUCAGUGAUGAUAGUUUUCUCCUGUACGGCAGUCAUUACUUCAACCCCCACAAUACACUGUCGAACUGCGACGUGCAGUUUAACGAUCUAGUAGUCAAAGGAGGACUAAAAAGCUUGUCUUUCGAAUAAAAUUGUGAAAGCAAAAAUGGCAAUGGCUUGCCUCUCGUUAUUCAUCAAGUCUGGCACUUCUUGAUCGCUUCAUUUCCUGUGCUUGCAAUUAUUGAUAUCAGGUGCGUCUUCUUGCCCCCAUUGUACAAGUUUCAAAUCGGCGAUGUACUCCACUUGCGUCCAAAAAUAUUGAGUUUCUUGUAAGAUGAAGAACGAACCGCUACCUUUUUAUAACCAGAACUCCUUUGUAAAGAUUCCAUUACGACAGUUGCAGGCUUCCACUUCAAGUAGGGCCACGAAGCAACUUGAAUAGGCUUCAUCUUCCGGUGGCGGAAAGGAGCUAGAGCACAGGACUGAACGGCCUGCUAUACUGUUCCCAUUCUGUUCCCCGUCGCCGCUUCUACCGGCUAAAGCGC